GGAGUUGGGUUUAGAGUCCGCGUAGCUGCUUGCCUCUCCUUCCGCCUCGAUUCCACUUAGCUUCUGGGUGCCUAGAGGGGAUUCAGCCUUGCAGUGAUAUUUCCUAGAGGAGCCGGGCCAGGCACGGUCACUAGUGUGGAGCAGGUGAACAGCUCGGCCUCAUCCAACAGAUAGUUGCUGAGUGUAUCAUGAUGUUACUGGGUUUGAUUUCAAGCCACUUAUGAGACUGGACGUCUUCCCAAAAUGGACGGCCUAGUGCGUGUCCUCCCAGGAGCUCCGGGCUGCUGCUAAUGGCCGAGACCGAACCCGCCCGCAGCCCGCUUGCAGCCCCCGAGUAUCGGUCCAGCCUGUGCCGUCCCGACCAUGGACAGAGUGCCGGCCGGAUCCAGCAGUGGCACCCCAGCUCGCCCCGAGGCCCUCCCAGAGCCCCCAGGGUCACUGGUGCCACCUGACCAGUGGGCUGACGCCCCGUGUGCCAGUGUCGAGGCCCAUAGAGCUGCAGAUGGAGGGCGAGGCCUGGAUGGACCUGGCAAGGGGGACACCUGUCAGAACGGGCCGACGCCACUCUUCCCAGACCCUGCAUCGCCUCUUGGUCCUGCCACGAGCCCACUGGGUCCCGAGGCCUCUGCAGGUGUGGCUGAUUUCCAUGACAACCUAAGGAAGUCUCAGGGGACUGGUGCUGAGGGCAGUGUUAGAAAAGAAGCUUUGCAGUCCCUCAGACUCAGUCUUCCUAUGCAAGAAACACAACUGUGUUCAACAGAGGCUUCCCUGCCCCUGGAGAAGGAGGAGCAGGUCCGACUUCAGGCUCGGAGACGGCUCGAAGAACAGCUCAAACAGUACAGGGUGAAGCGCCAGCAGGAAAGAUGCAGUCAGCCUGCGGCCAGAGCACGACUGUCCAGCACGCUCGACCCGGAGCUCAUGCUGAACCCGGAGGCCCUGCCCCGUGCCAGCCCGGUGGCUCUGACAAAGGAGUACUCCUUCCUGCGCACCAGUGUCCCCCGAGGGCCGAAGGUGGGCAGCCUGGGGCUCCUGGCGCAUCCCAAGGGGAAAAGAAGUUCCAAACCAAGCAAAAUCCGAUCUCUGGCCGAUUACAAAACUGAAGACUCCAGUGCCGGGAGCUGUGGUGGGAGCGCUCCGGCCGCAGACGCUGCCGGGGGCGCCCUGAAGCAGAGCCGGAGCAGCGUGACAUCAGUAGUGUCCGAGGUCAGCCCGUGUCCUGAGGCCGAGGACCACCUGGAGAACGCGUCCCUGACGGGCGACAACACGUCCGAGGCUGACGGGAACGAGAGCGAUAGUUCCUCCCUCAGCAGCGUGUCUACCCGUGGGACGCGCGGGCUUCUGGUGGACCCCGUGGGCACUCGCGACGCUUCCUACGUGGUCAACGGCCAGGAGAUCGCCGCCGCUGCCCUGGGCCAGUUCCCCUCCAUCACGGAUGUCCUCCAGGCUGCGGCGGCCGAGCACCAGGACCAGGGACGGGAGGUCAAUGGGGAGACGCGCAGCCGGACAGACAGCAUCUGCAGCAGCGUGUCCCUGGAAAGCUCCGCUGCGGAGACCCACGACGCAGUGCUGCAGGCCCUGAAAGACAAGAUGAGACUCGAGGGUCAGCUGGAGGCGUUGUCUUUAGAGGCCAGUCAGGCACUUAAAGAGAAGGCGGAGCUCCAGGCGCAGCUGGCCGCCCUGAGCACGAGGCUGCAGGCGCAGGUGGAGCAGAGCCACAGCAGCCAGCAGAAGCAGGACUCGCUCAGUUCGGAGGUGGACACCUUGAAGCAGUCUUGCUGGGACCUGGAGCGAGCAAUGACUGACCUGCAGAACAUGCUGGAAGCCAAGAACGCCAGCCUGGCAUCGUCCAACAGCGACCUGCAGCUGGCCGAGGAGCAGUACCAGCGACUCGUGGCCAAGGUGGAAGAGAUGCAGAGGAGCAUCCUCAGCAAGGACAACACAGUGCACGACCUGCGACAGCAGAUGACGGGCCUGCAGAGCCAGCUACAGCAGGUGCAGCUGGAGCGGACCACGCUGAGCAGCAAGUUGAAGGCGUCCCAGGCCGAGAUCGCGUCUCUGCAGCACGUGCGGCAGUGGUACCAGCAGCAGCUCGCCCUGGCGCAGGAGGCCCGGGUCCGACUGCAGGGCGAGAUGGCCCACAUCCAGGUUGGACAGAUGACCCAGGCAGGCCUCCUGGAGCACCUGAAACUUGAGAACGUGUCCCUGUCCCACCAGCUGACGGAAACCCAGCACAGAUCCAUCAAGGAGAAGGAGCGCAUUGCCAUCCAGCUCCAGGGCAUCGAGGCCGACAUGUUGGACCAGGAGGCUGCCUUUGCGCAGAUUCAAGAGGCCAAGACGAUGGUGGAGGAGGAUCUGCAGCGGAGGCUGGAGGAGUUCGAGGGCGAGAAGGAGCAGCUGCAGAAGGUGGCGGCCACGGCCGCAUCCCUCGAGCAGCAGCUGGAGCAGGCAAGCCCUCCGUGGCCUCGUGGGGACGCCCCGGUGCCACACACGGCCGUCCUCGUGCGGCCGUCCUCGCGGUGCCUGUCUGUGCGGUGUGUCCUUUGGACUCGUUAUGAUGUCACAUCAGAGCGGCCGCCGUUGCCGUGCCGGCCGGGUGUCCCCCGCACGUACCAGCACUUGGUGUCCGUGCGCUGGGCAGCAGGGGGAGGGGGCCGGGUGGCGUUCUCAUUCCGGGGCAGGACACUGACCCUGGUUCCUGUCUUCCAGGUGAAGCUGACGCUGCAGCAGCGAGACCAGCAGCUUGAGGCCCUGCGGCAGGAGCACCUCGACCUGCUGAAGCAGCUCACCUGUGCGCAGGAGGCGCUGCAGGCCCGGGAGCGCGCCCUGGGUGACGUGCAGGUGCGCUACGACGAGCUGCAGGCCCGGCUGGAGGAGCUGCAGGAGGAGGCCGCCUCCAGGGACGACACGAUCCGCUCCCUGCAGAACGAGAAGAUUGUCUUGGAGGUGGCCCUGCAGGCGGCCCGGAGCGGCGGGGAGGGGCUGGACAGGGGAGCGCAGCGCCUGGCAGAGGGCGCCGAGGAGACGUCGCAGGUUCUGGAGCAGCUGAGACAGGAGUUGGCCGUCAAGUCCAGCCAGGUGGGGCACCUGCAGCAGGAAGCUGACACUCUGAGAAAGCAGACGCAGAAAGUCAAGGAGCAGUUUCUUCAACAAAAGGUGAUGGUGGAGGCCUACCGGCGGGAUGCCACCUCCAAGGACCAGCUCAUUGGUGAGCUCAAGGCCACGAAGAAGAGGCUGGACUCAGAGCUGAAGGAGCUGAGGCAAGAGUUAAUUAAAGUUCAAGGGGAGAAGAAGUCCGUGGAUGUGGAGCAUGUGCGCCUGCAGAAGGAAGUGUCCCAAGUCCGUCAGCAGAUGGCCGACCUCGAGGGGCAUCUGCAGGCGGUGCAGAGGGAGCGCGACGAGAUGGAGACACACUUACAGUCUUUACAGUUUGAUAAAGAGCAGAUGGUAGCUCUUACAGAGGCCAACGAGGUGCUCAAGAAGCAAAUUGAGGAGCUCCAGCAAGAAGCCACCAAGGCCAUCACGGAACAGAAGCAGAGGAUGAAGCGGCUGGGCUCAGACCUGAGCAGCGCCCAGAAGGAGAUGAAGACCAAGCACAAGGCUUAUGAGAGCGCUGUGGGCAUCCUGAGCCGCCGCCUGCAGGAGGCCCUCGCGGCCAAGGAGUCGGCAGAGGCGGAGCUGAGCCAGCUGAGAGCCCAGGGCGCUGGCGGCGGCAGCGACCUCACUCUGCACGAGAGAAUCCAGGCUCUGGAGGCAGAGCUGCAGGCCGUCGCCCACAGCAAGACGAUGCUGGAGAAGGAGCUCCAGGAGAUCAUCUCACUGACCAGCCAGGAGUUGGAGGAGUACCGGGAGAAGGUGCUGGAGCUGGAGGAUGAGCUGCAAGAGUCCAGAGGCUUCAGGAGGAAGAUAAAGCGCCUGGAGGAGUUGAAUAAGAAGUUGGCCCUUGAGUUGGAGCACGAAAGAGGGAAGCUUACGGGCCUGGGGCAGUCCAACGCGGCCCUGCGGGAACACAACAGCAUCUUAGAAACCGCGUUAGCCAAGAGGGAGGCCGACCUGGUCCAGCUGAACCUCCAGGUACAGGCGGUCUUGCAGCGGAAGGAGGAGGAGGACCGCCAGACGAAGCAGCUCGUCCACGCCUUAGAAGCCGCGCUGGAGCAGGAGAAGGCCAAAGUGCACAGCCUCAAGGAACAGGUUGCUGCAGCCAAGGCGGAGGCAGGACAUAACCGCCGCCACUUCAAGGCCGCCACCUUGGAGCUGAGUGAGGUGAAGAAGGAGCUUCAGGCCAAGGAGCACCUGGUGCAGAAGCUGCAGGCCGAGGCCGAAGGUCUUCAGAUCCAAGAGGGGAAACACUCCCAGGAAAUAGGACUGUUCCAGGCGGAGCUGGCGGAGGCCCGGACCCAGCUCCAGCUCCUGCAGAAGCAGCUGGACGAGCAGCUGAACAGACAGCCUGCGGGAAACCAAGAGAUGGAAAAUCUCAAAUGGGAGGUGGAUCAGAAAGAAAGAGAAAUCCAGUCCUUGAAGCAGCAGCUGGACUUGACUGAACAGCAGAGUAAAAAGGAACUGGAUGGAAUACAGCACUUACUGCAGAAUAUCAAAGCUGAGUUGGAGACGGUGCGAGAAGAUCUGUCCCUGACCCAGAAAGAUAAAUUUAUGCUGCAAGCUAAAGUCUCAGAGCUGAAGAACAACAUGAAGACUCUGCUCCAGCAAAACCAGCAGCUCAGGCUGGACCUGCGGCGUGGCGCGGCCAAGACGAGAAAGGAACUGAAAGGCGAGGCCGGCUCUUCGGGUCCCGUGACGCCGGUGAAGAUCCCCGACUGUCCCGUCCCGGCCUCCCUGCUGGAGGAGCUGCUGAGGCCCCCGCCUGCCGUGAGCAAGGAGCCCCUCAAGAACCUCAACAGCUGUCUCCAGCAGCUGAAGCAGGAGAUGGACAGCCUUCAGCGCCAGAUGGAAGCGCACACCGUUACCGUGCACGAGUCGCUGUCCUCGUGGACUCAGGGGGACCCCUCUGCCAGCCCAGCUCCCCUGGGAGAUCACGCCAACCCCCGGGGAGACACGGAGCAACUCGGCCAGUGCAAGGUCUCCAGAGAGGAGCUUGGAACAGCGGCUGCCGAGCGUCCACAGUCCGAGUGCUUGUAACUACCCAAAGGAAUAUUCUUUUGUCAAGGUUGUUUAUUUGACUGUUUGCUCUGUUUUUCUAAGAGAUGAGGUUUAAAUUUUGCAUUUGCCUUUACAAGGAGUAAAAGGACGGAACGAGAGCUGAGGAUUAGAGAAAUAGUCAUUUGCAAAUCACAACUAGCUUUUCCCACGAAAUGACCAAAUCUUAACAACAUAACCUAGAUCUCAGCAAGAAGGUUUUGGAUGUGUCCGAAGGGAAUCUCUCACGAGUGACCGUAGAUGCUGCUGUCUGAGUGGACGCCAGCCGGCGGCCCCCACUGGCAGUGCUGCGUGACCGGGUCCCAUUUCUCUCUUUCCUGCCCAAUUCAGUAAGAGCUUUACCUCUCUACAGAAACAGAAGUUUAUUUGCACCUUUGGUUUUUAUUUUAUUUUUGAUGGCUAUCUCACCAUAGGAUGUGUAUAUAAAUACUGAAAAUCAAUCUAAUCUUUAAAAAGUAUGUCUGUAUUAUUUAAGAAUGACCUGAAUUGUCUUUUUGUUGAUUGCCUUUUGAAAAUGUUCUGUCAGGAAUUAAUGCACACAUAGGGUUUAGGGAUGUCAGUCAGAAAAUUAUAUUUUAAGAAAUCAAUAUUUUAUUUACUGUUCUAAAACCAAAUAUUCUUAGACAGAAAAGGGUCUUUAUUUUAGUUUCACUUUAUUUUUGAGGGCCUUGUUGUAAGUGCACAACACCCCCUGCCAUCCAACCCUUGGCCUGGCACGACCUCACUCACCUUAGCUGACCCCAGUCACUAUGCGCUGGCCUGACGUGUGAGAUGCUUGGGGAGAGGUUCCAGGAGAGGAGGGGAGGGGGCCAGGGCUCCAAACCCAGGCUUCCCCAGGCCACCACCCCCCAACCCCACGCCUCCGCGAAAAUGUCCAGCAGAGCCUGUGUGGUCAUCAGAGGACACGCUGGACUCUUCUGAAGGUUUGGAAGGUCCUGCAGCCUCUCCGCUGGAGACACUGAGGUUUCUAGAAGGGGCAGGUCAGCUCCGUGGGGAGGCGGUGGCGGUGGCCUCCCCAGCUGUCCUGUAGGGGAGGAGCUGGAUUUGGAGCUCCCUGAGCGUGGGAGGUUUCUCAUGGACAUUUCUCCACCUGAAACACAGAAGCGCUGCAGAAACUGACUGGCCGUGACCCCUGACGUCUGUAACUUUGUCCCCUACUUGGCUGAGAAAUCUAAACUAACCCUCACUGUUGUGAGUUAGAGCAGAGAGGCCUCUGGUGCGGAUCUGCUGGUCUGGAGAUGAACUUGGAGGGGUUACUGAUGGGGCCACAUCCACCUGUGUCGACUCACUACUUUUGUCUCUCUUGAGGAGAAAACAGUUUGGUAUUUAAAAGCUGUUUGUGUUCUCUCACAAGAUGCUAUUAGAAGGUUCACUGAUAAAGUAGCGUUAACCACAAAGAUGUUUAGUGUUUAAAAAAAUUCCCUAGCGACUCUUGGGACUUCUGAAACGUGUAUAUCACUUGUACAGGGUUAAUCUUAAAGUAAUACUUGAAGACUGCAUUAUAAAUAUAUCCUAUUUUUCAUCUUAAGUUGGAAACCGUUUUUGACAAAAUUGUUUUUGUACCAUUAGAGAAGAAAAAAAUCAUAAUUUACAUUCUUAUUUAUUUGGGGUGUAUUAUCCUCAGUUUUAAUUUUAAAACCAGCACGUGACACUCAGCCUCCUGCCGUGGCUGCUUCCUCACUGCUGCGUGCCGGCGGCCCCCCGGGGACGGUCGCUGCGCGUCUUCUCUUAGGAAAGGGUCAGCUGGUUGUGAGCAAGUCUCUGUUCCUCACCUCCUUUCCUUCAUGUCUUACCCUCUGUGUGCCGUGUGCCUGCGUGUGCGCCUGCACAUGCACGUGCGUGUGGCUGUGCCUACGUGUGUAUGUGCAUGUGGGUGUGUGUGUGUGCCACUGUGUGCGCAUGUGCACGUGUGAGUAGACCUGUGUGGGUAUGCACAUGUGCGCGUGGGUGUGCCUAUGUGUGUAUGUGCAUGUGUAUCUGUGUGUGUCCAAGUGUGCGUGCACAUGUGCCAGUGUGUGCCUGUGUAUGUGCGUGUGCCUACCUGUCAUUGUGUGUGCGUGCCUGCCUGUGUGUGUGCAUGUGUGCACGUGCUCGUGCCUGCAUGUGUGUGCUUGUGCGUGUGUGUGAGUGCCUGUGCGUGAGUGUGCGCCUGUGUAUGUGUAUGCCUGUGCUCAUGCCUGUAUGUGCCUGUGUGUGUGCGUGUCAGUGUGCCUAUGCGUGUGAGUAUGCGCCUGUGUGUGUGCGUGUGUAUGCAUGCAUGUGCUCGUGCCUGCGUGUGUGUACGUGUGCUCCUGUGGCGAUGGCAGCAGCGCCUCCUGGUUUCCUGACGUCACCCUGUGCCUUUGUUGUCACCCUCUUCGGUUCCCGAACGCCCUGGCUGUCCCACCCGCCGUGCUGUUUCCCGUGUGGCCACAGCCCCGGAUCUGGGGCCUUUCAGUCCAGCCUUUUGUUAGGCUUCCUUAACCAGCCACCUGAGAGAGAAAACUGGACUUGGAGGCCACCUGCUCCUGAUCUGUUGAGGGUUUGUUGUUGUUUUUAGCCUCCGAGGGCCUCGACUGCUACCUCCCAGAGCCAGAGUCUGCAGUGAGUAUCAUUUGAAACGUUCUCCUGUUGUGCAGAAGUGGGAAUUCGGAAUUUACUCCUGGAAAACAACAGUCCAGUCUGGAGUGCUUAGAAACCUAGGUUUGCUGUUACGUUACGUUUGUGGAUAUUAUUCAUCCUGGGUCACGAAUAUUGUAUGUCGUGUCCUCACUGCAGAGGACACUGGUUUGGACACUUCAUGGUGUCAUUUAUUUUUUUCUUACGUUCCAAAAAAAAUGUUACCGCGGCGUGGUUAUCACUGAUCUUUCUGUGGAACACGGGAUGGAUGCCAUUGGGUCUUAUGGAUUUAUAUGCUUUUGUUCUACUUUUUGGAAGGUCUAACAGGCAAAGUUCUGACAGGAUGUGAAACUGGCUUUUACUGUGGCCUAGGGUCCGAGUAAUGGGACAGGCCUGCUAAGAAGAUUCUCACUAAACUCUUUCUCAGUUUACAGACUUUUUUUGGUGUAGAUGCUGCCGAAGCCAUGACACGUGUUCCUACUCCCAUGAGUAACUUGUCACAUAGAAAUGACGUGUCCUGUGUAAAGAUUUCUAGUAGUGAAAGGGACCAGCGUAUCUGAAAGACGCAUGUCCUGGAGCCUUCCGCAAGGACCCCUGUGACAUGUAGACAUUCUGAGCCUUAUUCGAACAAGUUCACUGACACACGUUCCAGGCAAAUCUGGUUGUGUGAUGGUCUCAGGUUAUAAUAGGAUCCUGGAGGGUAACGUUUUAGAGGAUCUAGAAAACUUGGUGGCUUUAAGUUACUCAUUUCUGUUAAAAAUUUCCUCAUGAAAGGAUGUCCUCAGGUUGGGGCUGUUCAGGGGAAAGGUGUCACCGUGCACAACGAAUUGUAACUUUAAAAAGCAUGUUGAUUUUUUAUAAAUGUAAGUGUGCUGGGGAAUUCCUUAAAUUUUGUGCAAUAAACUAUUUUUUGUUAAAGA